CCUUGCAGGCUUGCUGGAGAAUGAAUAAAAUUGUACAGUAUAUUCUGAUGUGAGAGGUAUUAAAAAAAAGCAAAGAAAGAAAAGAAAAGAAAGGGGGGGGAUUUUCUCUCUCUCUCUCUUUCUCUCUCUUUCUGCUUCUCCAGCCAGCCAAGCAGGCAGAGGGAUUUUGCAUACCGUGUCAAAAUGGCUACAGCUGUGCACAAGCCUAUCAAAUGCCUGGGCGAAGAUUUCUACCGGGAAGCCAUUGAACACUGCCGCAGCUACAAUGCCCGGUUGUGUGCCGAACGCAGCAUGCGCCUACCUUUCCUUGACUCGCAGACGGGAGUUGCCCAGAACAAUUGCUACAUCUGGAUGGAGAAGACCCACCGGGGUCCAGGGCUGGCGCCGGGUCAGAUCUACACCUAUCCAGCUCGGUGUUGGCGCAAGAAGCGGCGGCUGAACAUCUUGGAGGAUCCAAGACUUCGGCCCUGUGAAUUCAAGAUUGAUUGCGAGCCCCCUUUGAAGAAAGAAGGCGGCUUGCCCGAGGGUCCUGUGUUGGAAGCCUUGCUGUGUGCCGAAACCGGAGACAAGAAGCCAGAACUGAAGGAGGAGGAGCUGAACUUGGACUGUCCGAAAGCUCCUAUUGGUGAAUUCCUUCAUGACUUGGACACAGAUGACUUGGAAGAUGACGUCCCUCGCCGUAAGAACAAAGCCAAAAGCAAGGCGUAUGGAAUUGGAGGACUGCGGAAGAGACAAGAUGCUGCGUUGCUGGAGGACCGAGACAAACCCUAUGUUUGUGACAGUGAGUUUUGUGGGAAGCGCUACAAGAACCGUCCAGGACUGAGCUACCAUUACACGCAUACACACCUGGCGGAGGAGGAGGGCGAGGAAGGCCCUGAACGUCACACCUUGCCCUUCCAUCGUAAGAACAACCACAAACAGUUUUACAAAGAGCUGAAUUGGGUCCCAGAGAACCAGCGCAGGCACACAGCUAAGAAAGCUCCGGACGGCACAGUCAUACCAAACGGUUAUUGUGAUUUCUGUCUAGGCGGCUCCAAGAAGACUGGCUGCCCUGAAGAUCUCAUUUCCUGUGCAGACUGCGGCCGCUCAGGGCACCCGUCCUGCCUGCAGUUCACCGUGAACAUGACAGCAGCUGUCCGGACUUACCGGUGGCAAUGCAUCGAGUGCAAGAGCUGCAGCCUCUGUGGCACCUCAGAGAAUGAUGACCAGCUACUGUUCUGCGAUGACUGCGACCGGGGCUACCACAUGUACUGCCUGAGUCCCCCCAUGGCCGAGCCCCCAGAAGGAAGCUGGAGCUGCCACCUGUGCCUACGGCAGCUGAAGGAGAAGGCUUCAGCCUACAUCACUCUGACCUAAACUGGUGCUCUCACCCCUGCCAGCCUUCCUCUGUAUCCGACUUGGAGGGCUCCAAGAUCAUAGUCCUGGUGGGAUGGGGGGCCAGCCAUCAAAUGUGUGUAUGUGUGUGUGUGAGCUCUGGCCUUGGAACAAUGAUGAUUUUACCUGCUAUUUCAGGUUGGCUGGAAUCCCCACUUUCAAAAGGUGAGGGAAGGGGCCUGAUCUUUUGGUGAGAUAUCCCUCUCUUUUCCCCUUCCCUUCAAACCCAGCUGAAGUGGUGGGGCCAACUCCUUCCUGCCUUUGCCCUCCACUGCCUGGCUGGCGCCUACCCACCCUGUCAACUCCCAAGGAGCCAAAAACUCAACUCAAAAGCCAUAAAAGCCAGAGAGGGAAGCAAGUGCCAGCCUCUCUCUCUUGGCUCCAUGUCCCUUUCCUCCAUCUCCUGGCUGGGAAGGGAAGGGGCUUUCUUUUUGUUCCUUCCCACCCCACCAGAAUGAUGUUGCAUGCAAAAUGGUUUCUUCUUCCUAGCUUUUCCUGGGGAGAGGAGAAAGCUGGGAGUCUGGCACUCCAUGCGCACCCUUGUCUCAUGGUUGUUUUUUAAAAAUUUUGGUUGGGGUUUUGUUUUGUUUUUUUGCUACACUGCAGUUUGGAGUUCCCCACCAAAUUUCCUUCUUCCGCCGCUUUCCUUUUAGGUUCCUCUCUAUCAAAUGGGGAGGAAGAAAAUCGGUGGGCGUGGAGUCCGACAUCCAUCUAACUUGAGUCAGGAUGGGAGUGCUAGGUGAUGGGCUUGGGGGUGCUAGGAUGGCCGCCUGAAAGGUGGCCGAGGCCGAGCGAGGGGACCUCCCAGCUAUUAUACAAGGCAGGAGUUUCUUUUUCUUUUCAGUGUUGCUGGAUUUUAAAAAAUUGUAGGGGUGGGGGGACUUGGAAAAAAAAAGGUGGAGAAGGGUAGAAAGCUACCUCCCCACCCCUUCCCAACUUGGAGGGAGAAUGUGUUAGGGGGCUUUGGGUCGAGGGCGGGUGGGAUAAAGAGGCUGCUGAAGGCUAGCAGGGGGAGCACUCCCGCCGAGCCCCCACCUUGUGUACAUGGUGUUGUUCUGUUGCCUGCA